GGCAUGUCGUCCAACUGCACCAGCACCACGGCGGUGGCGGUGGCGCCGCUCAGCGCCAGCAAGACCAAGACCAAGAAGAAGCAUUUCGUGUGCCAGAAAGUGAAGCUGUUUCGGGCGAGCGAGCCGAUCCUGAGCGUCCUGAUGUGGGGGGCCAACCACACGAUCAAUGAGCUCAGCAAUGUUCCAGUCCCAGUCAUGUUAAUGCCAGAUGACUUCAAAGCCUACAGCAAGAUCAAGGUGGAUAAUCAUCUCUUCAAUAAGGAGAACCUACCCAGCCGUUUUAAAUUUAAAGAGUACUGCCCCAUGGUGUUCCGAAAUCUCCGGGAGAGAUUUGGGAUUGAUGAUCAGGAUUACCAGAAGGCAGAACCAGGAGCAAUGAGUGGAAAUUGCCAAGGGGCCAGUCUAGGCUUGGAGUCAGGAGAAACUUCCUCCCAUCCAUCCUUCACAUUACCCGAUGAAUAUGCUUUAUUCAUAGCUUUGGUCAAAUUCUCAAAAACCUCUGCUCAUGCUCUCUUCACUUGGCUCCCUAUGGUGCACCAACUGACAUUUAGGCUUCUUUGCUGGGCACCCAUGGCUCUCCAGCCAAACCAGAACUCAGUGACACGCAGUGCCCCCGUCAACAGUGACAGUCAGGGCAGAUGUGGAACACGUUUCCUCACCACCUAUGAUCGUCGAUUCGUCAUCAAGGCCGUGUCAAGUGAGGAUGUGGCAGAAAUGCACAACAUCCUAAAGAAAUACCACCAGUUCAUAGUGGAGUGUCACGGAAACACCCUUUUGCCCCAAUUCCUGGGCAUGUACCGCCUGACUGUGGAUGGUGUGGAGACCUACAUGGUGGUCACUAGGAAUGUGUUCAGCCACCGGCUGACUGUGCACCGGAAGUAUGAUCUCAAGGGCUCCACUGUCUCCAGAGAAGCAAGCGACAAAGAAAAGGCCAAGGAUUUGCCGACCUUCAAAGACAAUGAUUUCCUCAAUGAAGGACAGAAGUUGCAUGUAGGAGAGGAGAGUAAAAAGAAUUUCCUGGAGAAAUUAAAACGGGAUGUGGAGUUCCUGGCUCAGCUUAAAAUCAUGGAUUAUAGCCUUCUGGUGGGCAUCCAUGAUGUGGACCGGGCGGAGCAGGAAGAGAUGGAAGUGGAGGAGCGGGCAGAGGAUGACGAAUGUGAGAACGAUGGGGUGGGUGGCACCCUGCUGUGCUCCUACGGGACACCCCCUGACAGCCCUGGGAACCUCCUCAACUUCCCCCGAUUCUUUGGCCCUGGGGAAUUUGACCCAUCUGUGGAUGUUUAUGCCAUGAAGAGCCAUGAAAAUGCCCCUAAGAAAGAGGUGUAUUUCAUGGCCAUCAUUGACAUCCUCACACCCUACGACGCCAAGAAAAAAGCUGCACAUGCUGCCAAAACAGUGAAACAUGGGGCUGGGGCGGAAAUUUCAACAGUGAACCCUGAGCAGUACUCCAAGCGCUUCAAUGAAUUCAUGUCCAAUAUCCUGACAUAGUCAUCAUCUGCCUGCAGCCAGAACCAGAGUGCUGGGGUGGGAUCUGGGAAGGAAAGGAGGAACAACAGGUGGAGAGCUGAGGUGUGGGGGGAGGGGUGAGCUUCAGAGGAGAGACGUAACAGCCUGCAACACUGUACAAGACACUGUAGCAGCGUGUGCAAGUGAGAGAGAGAGAGGGAGAGUGUGUGUGUGUGUGUGUGUGUGUGUGUGUGUGUGUGUGUGUGGUAAAACUUUAUGGGAAUCUUCAUCUUCUGUGCACCCUUGAUUCCCCCACUUGACCCUGGUGGAAAAGUGGCUCUCUCUGUUACUGAGACACCCAGAGGCUGGACAGGGCUCCGUUGGGUUUAUUUGGGUUUUGUUUUUCAAAUCGCAUUGCUUCAACAUUGCUAUUUAUAAUGUUGUGUGCAAAUCAUCCUGUUCUUCCCCACCCCAACUCCCUUUUAAUGAAAAAGCCCUAGUAGCCCUCCCUGCAUGGGGACCUUUUAGAGCAAAGCACUAUGACAUCAGAAAGGAGAAUGCCAGUAACUUCUAAACCUCUUAGGGGGGUUUGGUUGGAUGGAUUUUUUUUUUUUAACUAGGGUAUCGAGUGCAGCUCUUCCCACUGCCUACCAUGCAUAGAAAUUAAAAAACGAGAUUGUUCUUCCAUCUACACUUGUUCCCUUCCCCCAGCCCCCCACAUGGUCCAACACAGGCCAUGGGGGACUGAUGGCCGAAGAUGUCAGAGUUUGGUGGAGUCCAUCCACAGGGGAGGGUGGUGGCUUUUGGAGCCAUUUGUUUUAAAAGAAACUGCACAUGCCCAUAGAAUCAUGGCAGAUGUCUCCUUCUCCAAGCCUGCCUCCCAGUGGAUCCCAGAAGUAGAAAGUGCGCCUAUAGAUAUUAUCAUCAUGUAUUCAGUUAUUUUUCCCUUCUAAGGAACUGAAGUGUGAAAGUCACCUAAAAUCUUGUGUACUUCUUCUCUUUGAAUCUAAUCCCCUCCCACCCCCCACCCCCCCCAGCAAGCCUUAUUUUAUUUUGGACAUAUGUGUGUCCGAGUUCUUAGCCUGGGGAAAGUGGAAAUGUUCCUUCAAGAGUGUCCCCUCCAGUGAGAUCUUUCCAAGCCAAGUGCUGUCAUGUAGAUGUCUUAUUCUUCAACCCCUGGUGCAGCCUUCAGAAGCUAAUGAGGCUAAUGAGCAAGAGAGUGCCCCUUUUCUAUCUGCACCUUCCUCCCAAUGGCCCAGGAGUCAUUUGUGGAAACAUUUCCAGGAAGUUAAAAUUAACGUGCUUUGUAACAUGUGUGACCAAGAUCUAGCACCAUCUGGGAUGACUUUUUUUUCCCCCACAUACACCUGGAUUCCUAGCUACUUUAGCAUCCAUUGGUCUUCACAUUUAGAAGUGACAGGCUUCUUCAACUUCAUUUUGGGCUCUCUCCUACCUCAGGGGUCCUCAUGAUUUACUUUUGUUUCAGAAAUGAGCCAGGCAUAGGUCUCCAUGAGGUCAAGGAGUUUUACUUUUUCAAAGAGAGAAAGCUUAGCCACAAGGCACCCAACCAAGUGAAGAUACUGAUUUGGUGUGGGGGGAGGAUGACAUUCUCACAUCUCUGUACCUAGGUUUGGGCAACCAGGGCAAGUAGUGGUGAAACUUGUAAAUAGUAUUGUAAGACAAUAUGGUUUGCCACACCCUUUGGAAUGGAGUUUGAUUUUCUUUGUUGUAAGGAGAGGUAGUUUAGACUCAGCUUCUGUGGCAGGAAUGGGAAGCUUUUGUCCUCCACCCUUUUGAUCUGGAUUCAUUAUAGGAAUGGCUUAGAGAUGGAUAGAUUAGACUCAUCUCUGCCCUGUGCUUCUUGGAUGAAACUCGAAGGGGUGGUGGGUACAGGGUUGCUUGGAUCAGCUGUCUGCACCAAAGCUUCCAAGGUGACAAGGGGCAGAACUUGGAACCAAAUGACCUGCAGAAAGCCAGUCAGACCUAGGAAAGGAAUUAUGUAGGAAUGAUCUUUGGACUUGAUCCCAUCCCCAAAUCAAGAAUGAAAAAUUGGAUCUGAUUCUAGACCUCUGUUGUCUGAAAAGUUUGGAAGAUUAUGUCUUCCCAACACUAUAUAUCUUGAUCAUGUUUCCAUAAGGUGUAUACAAAGUGCAGAUGUGAUUUUAUCAUUUAAAGAUAUACCAUCCAGGUAUCUAACUUGUUUAACAUUACAGUUUAAAAUUUUUUUUGUAUAUUGUUUACAUUUUCUGAGAGGUAGCAUUCUGUUUCAAAUGCUCAUUUUGUUUCUAGACAGUAUUUUUGGUUGUCUCCCAGCCACAAGGUUAAGAGUUACCAACAUUUGAGAUGUGGUUUUGUUUUUUGUUUUUUUUUUUUUUAAGGGUUAUAGGCCUUUACUCACCGCAUUUUCCUAGUAUUUUCAAAAUGUUAGGUUUGGCCCUUUGGAAUUAGAGUAUUUAAAAGCUAAUCAGCGUGAUUUAUUCAAGUUUUCUCAUUUUUUAAUGGUUAAAAAAAUGUAGAAAAAAGGAAGGGAACUGGUGGUGUUCAAAGGCUGUCUCCCCCACAUCCUUUGGGUGGGUGGAGUCCAACCCUCCCCUACUCCCCCCCCUUUUUGUUAUGAUUUUGCACAGAAGAGAUGAGAAGCUGUUACAGUCUUAAAGCAUUUGGAAGCAAUUGUGGAGUCUCUGGAGAUUAAAGGCUUAAAACAGGAAAGGCAGAAUGAGAUGGAAGUUAAGAGGGUUUGUCUUCCCUUCUCUCCUUUAAGGGACUGGAUAACAUGUAUUCCUAAUGACAUGUGUCCUUCUCUUCAGACCUUUCUAUUUGAAUGUCCAUGGCUGCAAAUGAGAAUCCAGUAGGCUCCUUGUCACAGUGAAGAAUUACUUAUACCUCCACAAUAAAGACCACUACCUGAAGGCCCUGGCCUCUUUAAACUCAAUGACCACUAAUCUUUGCAUGCAUUCAUGCCCCACCCCUCACUUCACAACACACACGAACACAAGCCCCCUCUUUCUUUCCACCCCUCGUGUUUGGCGGAUGAAAAGAUAUUCCAGUAAGUUAUCAGCCCCCCAGACCAGGCUGCAGCAUGCCUACAUCCUUCAAGUUAUUCUAUCAAGAGGGUUGGUAGCCUAUAGCCCAUCUCUAGUCUCCCACUAAUUCUAUGGUGUCUGACUUAUAGUAGGUAAAGAGGCUGCUAACCCCAUUAAACGUCAUACUCUCCUGUUCUUGUAUCUCAGGACAGGGCCUCCCCAGCUGGUGCUUCUGACACACAUUUAUGUUCUGGGUGGAAGAGGAUAUUCCUUUGUCUUUGCCCUUCUUAUCACAAGAAAAAAGAGAAAAAUCUUAUUUUAAAUUUAGAAUGGAGGAAAUUAUUAGAAUCAUUCUUAUGUAAAGCAGCCCCCUUCAUAAAUAUAUAUGAAGGAGAACAGAAUUGUAGACUCUCCCACAUGAACUAAAAGGCUGGGGGAGAGUUGGACAGAUUCAAUUUUUUAAGCACAGAGAGCAAAGGGAAAAAAAAUUAUAUUUCAGCAAAUACUGAGGGCCAGUGGAUGGCUCAUUUCAAAAGAGCCAGUUCCCUGUAUCUGAAACAUGGCAACUCUUUAAGAUCACACCAGAAAAUCUGCAAUCACCAUGCUUUUUUUCCCUUCUCAAGUCUUUACUUAAAAGUAUUCUUACCAUCUCUUGGUGUCAUGCCCAUAUCUCCCAGGAAGCUUGGGGUGGUAGAUCUUAAGGAAGGGGAGCUAACUUACAGAAGGAAUUUUUCUCCCUGCUCAGUCACUUUGUAAAAGAGAUUGAGUGUGAUGCCUCCAAAGGAAUAAGUCCAGGAUUGCUCCUUAACUGGUGUCACACUUUUUAGCACAGUGGGAUCAUUGCAAUUGAAACAAAAUAUGAAUAAAGUUUUAGGUUCACCUCUUUGGGGGAAGGGAAAAACUCCACCAAUCAUGACAUCUAGAUUACCCACCGUUUCCAUUUUUUAAAUAGGAAUUUUCGGUCCUCUGUGCUUGUCUGUUUGCUCGGAGAAGUUUGAGACCCUAUUACUGUUUUGAAAUGCAUGCAUGUUACAAGAUGAAUCUCUGACCCGAGGAAAAAAAAAAUAAAACUCCAAAUUUUGUGUA